GCCUAGCUAUUUAACUGCAUUCAUCACACGUGAAUCCCUGAUCACCGACAGAGAGAGAUAAACUACAUGUGUGGCAAGCGGUGCAAGUGACGGAAGGGCGUUUGAGUCUUUUCCUCCCUUUCCUUCGGGUUAGCCUUGUGACACAGAUCGAUGAUGCUAAUACGUCGUACUAAGAAAAAGUUUUUAAAUAUAAGUGCAGUGACUUGUGGCCAGAAAUCUGUCCGAAACCCAUCCAAAGUGAACAGACACCUGGGGCACCUGGGGAGCAUUUGGGGGCUCAGUGCCUUGCUUAAGGGUCUCACCUUCCUAAAGAACAUACUUGAGUUUGUCCAAUGUAUAGUUUGGACUAUCCCAUUUUCCUGAGAGCAGCUUGACUCCUGAAUCUCCUGGGUGAUUGUAGCUAAGUUCGAGGCCUCAGUUGUUGAGGGGUUUGAAGUCAGAGCUGAAGACACAUAACACCAGCGUUCCUCUGUCACCAUACAGCCAGACAAUCACGGUACAUUAUAAACCCUUUAAAACGCCAAUUAAAGCAAUAUCACACGGUUUGAUCUGUUAUGAAAUAGUGGCGCAAUACUGAUCCUGAUCCUUUUUAAGUGGUUUAGGAAAGAAUAUAAACCUCAUGUUACUAAAAUGGGACAGAAAACCACCUGCAGAGUCUCAGUCACACUUGUAAACACAACACUAAAACUACUUUCAGGGUAACGCCCGGAUCUGCACUGCCGAGCGAUCUGUCAAAUUUAAUCCAUUCCAUUUUCAUAAACAAAUUUGUAAAGGGAAAUCAAAUUUAACUGAAAACUGCCUGACGAAUAUUGGUGAACUUGUAAAACAAACCAAAUAUUUUUUGAAAUAUUUUGUGAGGUGAAUAUUGAUUAUUACAAUUUUUAACAAUGAAAAAGUUUGUGAAAUGUAAGCUCUCUUAAUUGCAAUUCAUUUUUUUCCAUCUGAGGAACUCAAGCUUUUCAUUUUAAAUCGUUUUGGCAUUAAUUUUGUUCCUUAAAUGUGUGUGUGUGUGUGUGUGUCUUCUUAAUUUGUGCUUUUUUAAAGUAUUAAUGUGGAUGCAUUUUUCACCAGCGUCGAAGAUACAUUUCUGCUCUGUGAUAAGCAGAACGGACCAUAAAGUUAAAUUUGAUUUAUACCUUUUUUUGAUUAAUAUUUUCUGUUAAAAAAUGACCAGUUUAGUAUGCUUUCGCUUUCCCUUAAUCUCUCCCUGUUCCAUUUUAUGCUAAUCUAAGCAAGGUAUGAAACACUCCUUGUGGCCAUAAUAGAAAUGAGGAUUACAGCAGACUGGAGUGUCAGUGAAGGUCUUCUGUAAGGUCAACACAUUUAAUUGAGUGAUCACCAUGUAUACCAGAAAACCAAAUCUUCCACCUGGCAAACCAACUUUAAUUGACAAUGGUCCUCCAAAACGAUUUUGUCUACAUACACAGAGAAAAGUGCUUGAUGCCAAUGAAAAAGUCAGAAAAUGGACUUUUGGGUUAAGAGAUAUCACUAAACAAAACAAAAUUGUUCUGCUGGUGGGAGAAACUGGUGCUGGUAAGACAACUCUUAUUAACACCAUGGUCAACUACUUAUUGGGAGUCAAGUUUGAGGAAGAAGAGUGGUAUGAAAUCACAGAAGAAGCAACAGCAAGAGACCAAUCACAAUCACAAACCUCUGAAAUCACCAUGUAUGAGGUCUUUCCUGUAAUGAGUAACAUAUCUCUCACCAUCAUUGACACUCCAGGAUAUGGAGACACUAGAGGACUAGAAAAAGAUCUGGAGGUUGCUGAGAAUUUAUCAGCUCUAUUUCAGAGCAAUGAUGGAGUUCGUGAAAUUGAUGCUGUGUGUUUUGUGAUUCAAGCAUCUAAGAAUCGUCUCUCAGAUAGACAGCAUUACAUUAUUAGUUCAAUUCUGUCUUUAUUUGGGAAUGACAUUGUGAACAACAUUGUGUUUCUAAUAACACACUCUGAUGGUCUGCCACCAAAAAACGUCCUCAGUGCUAUUAACAAAGCUAAAGUCCCCUGCAGACAUGACCACAAAAACCAGCCUGUUUAUUUCUUAUUCAACAAUCGACAGGCUGAUGACCGUCACACUGGAGAACGUUACAUACGUGCUCAAAGAGACAUAUGGUUCGACAGCAUGGAAGAGACAAAGAAAUUUCUUCAGUCUCUGGAUGAAAUUAACAGAAGAAGUUUAAAUUUGACUUCACAAGUCCUGAUCGAGCGCAUUCAGUUUGAAGCAUCAAUCUGCAACUUACAGUUGCGGAUUAAGGAGACGGAGCUGAAAAAGGCUGAAAAACUUCAGAUUCAGGAGACAAUAAGACAAAACAAGAACAGUAUUGAGGAGUCUGAAAACUUUACGAUUAAUUUCAAAAAGACUUUCAAAGAGAAAGUUACCAUUGAAGGCACAUCAUGGAAGCACAGGAAAGCGACAAUCUGCACAGUCUGUGAGGAAAACUGCCAUGAGUUUGACUGCUGGUGGGUUUCUGAUCCCAGCAAGUGUAAAGUCAUGAAAAACGGUUACUGCACUGUCUGCACAGGGAAAUGUCAUUACAGCAAACAUGUCAAAGAAAACAAGAAAUAUAGCAUCAGCACCACAAGCUUCAUGAUGGAAUUCAAUGAUUUAAAUAAGGAAUGUAAAAAAUUUCAAGAGCGAACCAAGAGGUUUUCAGUUGUAAUGGAUUACCUUGACAAAGAUCUAAGGGAAAUUGAAACCCAUAAGUCAAUUCUUCUGUUCAAUGCUUACAAGACCAUCCAGAAUCUAUCUCAGAUCGCAUUAAAGCCAGACUCGGCCUUCACUCUUCAGCAUCUCAACUUCUUCAUUCCCAGAUUAAAGGAGGCUGGUAAAGUAAACUGGGUCCAAGAGCUGGAGGAAAUGAGGAAAACCGCUGAAGCUGAGGAAGCAAAUAAAGAUGCUCUGAGUUAUCUGAAAGCUGGCAUCGCAAAACUAGAACUUUUCUCUGGUGAUCAGUGAACAAAUUGAGAAGGGAGAAGAGAUAAAUCAAUGAAAAUACAGAACAUCACUUACAAUAAUUAAUAAACACAGAUGACAUUCUGUAGAUCUAAAAAAAAUGAUAAAUGUAAUAAUACAAUUGAACUGCUUUAGUGUUUAAAUAAAAGGCAGUUCAAUCUGUUAUAAUAACUCCAAUAAUAAAUUAGUUUAUAGAAUUUUUUUUUUUAGGGCUGCCCCCUAAUCGUUAGUUGACCAGAAGAGGCUUGGUUGACCAAAAUUUUUGCAGCCUAUGCAUAUUAACCUGAUUGAUUUUCAUUAGAUAUGCGCAUUUACACCUUACAUAAUAUUUUUCUUGCGUGAGGUACUUCUGUUUUGUAUGUUAACAUGACAUUUACAAAAAGCACAAAGCUACUACGAUUUAUUGCAAAAAUAGGCUAAAACGUGAUGCUCGGAAAAGGCACGUUUCAAGAUAUUCGGCUAAUCAAAGAAGAUUACAAAGAAUGGCUUCUCACUUGAAAUGUUUCCUCCCAUUAACAGUGUGACCGCAAGUUCUCAAAAACGUUCUCAAAAGCAUUUUACUAAGUAAAAGGCCUUAAAAGUCUUAAAUUGAGAUUCGAUGGGUCUUAAACAUUUUCAUAUACAGAUCCAUCGAAUUAAAUAAUUGUUCUCCUAAUUAUUCUUCUUAAAAAGUAAAAAAUGUUACAUUAUUUAUAACAUGAAGCAGUUAAGCAACAUAUCAUGGCAAGGGAGCUAACUGCUAAAUAUUCUUCUCACAAUUGCAAAUGUCACAUUGAUUUUAGUUCAAUAAAAGUUUUAAAACAAUAAUCUCACAACAUUAAUGCAAUGUAAUUUUGCGGUGUAAAUUAAUUUGUUGGAUAGCAGCCUUGUAAAUUGUGUAAACUGAAUCUAUUGAUAAUUUCUAAAAAGUUGACAUAUGAAAUAUGAUGCAUACAUUUAAUGAUGUGUUUAAAAAUGACCUCCAUAGUAAAGUAAAUAAUAUCCUGAGGCUAAUAUAAAAAUUUUUGUUGAUGGCUUGGACAUACGAUUAAAUAAUACGAUUUUUGCUCAUUCCUGCAUUUUAGUGAUAUAAUAGCUUCCAGAUUAAACAAGGCGUGUUGUUGUGCUUCAUAAUUCCUUCUGUACAAAACGUGAGAAGUUUCUAUGCAUUCAUUUGAGCUUUUGCAGAUAUAGCAGUUGAGGACCACCAUAUAAGGUCAAAGUUUCUUUUGCACGUCUAAUAAGAGAAGCUUGUUGCAACAAUGUAGAAAAAGGAGAAUUUAUGUAACCGACUCCUGAGUAGAAAUUAGUAUCGCUUAUGCUGGUACAACUGCGAGUAGAAGACUUUUUCAUUGUUAUUUUGAGUUAUUGUUUAAUAAAGCGAAGCCAUCUCAAUGGUGAUGUGAUAAACUUUUCUUUAAAUAAAAACUUCUGGACUUCUCUUGCUUCUCUCUGCACUUCACAUCCUGCACUGUGCUCUGCUCCGCAGUUACAUUUAACCUUUGCGUCCUUUUCUCAUUUACCAUACUCAUGUUCAGCCUCACUGCUGUGCCGUAUGCCCCAUUCUUUGACAUUUGUAGCAUCUGAGAGGUAUAGGGAUAUACUUC